AUGUUUAAGAAUGUUGAAACAGCUGUUGAAUUUUAUUUGCAACACUUUAAAAAAUUAAGUAUGAAAUUUAGUAUUUUACAUGAACUGGAAAAGGAAAUGUUAUUUUAUAAAAAUCUUAAUAAUUUUAAAUAUGAUUUUCCUAAAAAGGAAUUUAAUUUUAAAACACCUAAAUUAAACAUAAUUGAUGUUAAAUCUUUUAAAAAUAAUCAUAAAAAAUCAACAAUGAUUACUAAUUGUAGUGGAAAGGCAGAGUUUAAUUUGAGAGUAGAUUAUUUUAAUAAGAUGAGAAGUAUGUUUCCUAAGAAUGAUGUUGUUAGAAUGAAAUCUAUAAUUGAUAGCGGUAUAAAAGACAUUUUGUUUCUCAAUACAAAAGAGUUGUCUGUGGGAACACACUCAAAUAUAUUAAUUCAAGAAGGUAUAAAGUCUAUGAGUGAGAAUGAAUUAUAUGAGAUUAUAAAGUCUUUAGGUAUAGAUAUAGUACCAAUUGCUGCAACAAAGUAUGGUGCAUAUACUAUACAGACAUUACUUAUGAAUGUUAAAGGAAAAGAAAGUUUAGAUUUACUUUGUGAUAAUUUUUCCCCUUUAGGACAGUACUUAAUUACAGAUGAAAUAGGUAAUUAUACAAUUCAAAGACUUUUACGACACAGAGAAGAUAUUGUUUAUAAUUUAUUCGUACAAGAUUUAGAAAGUAUUAUUAACAACCCUCUUGGAUUUAAAGUGUUAAGUAGAUGUUUAGAAUUUUUUGUAAAUAACAAAGAAAACUUCCUUAAUAAAAUUAAGAAUAUUAAAAACAAUUCAAAUAAAGAAAAAUGUGAA